AUGAAUGAUGAAUUUGUUAUAAGAAAACAUGUACAAAUAUUAGCUGACGCUGGUGUUGAUACGUUAAUUUUAUAUGCAACAAAUGCAUUUACAUAUGAUAAUAUAUGGUCAAAAAUUGAUAAUAUUUAUAUGGAUAUGAGAUCAAAAUUAAUACGUACACCAAAAUUUUGCUUUAUAACAUGGUCAUAUAGUAAACAAACAGUUCGAAAAUUAUAUGAAAAUUUAUAUAGUCAAAAUCUUUAUAGAGAUUUAUGGUAUUUUUGGAAUGAUAAACCACUUAUAUUUGCAAAUCCAUAUGGAUUUCCAUCGUAUUUAUUAAAUGUUUUUACGAUACAUGAAUCAUGGGCAUGGACAAAAGAUCAAGAAUGUUAUGGUAAUGGUCGUAAUAAAUGGCCAUGGAUUGAUAAUUAUCCACAAGGACGUGGUUUAAAUGAAGACGGACAAUUUGAACAAACAUGUGUUUCAGUUGCUGGUCAUCCUUUGAUGAAUAUUGGUUGUUCAUAUGAUGGUCCAAUUCAACAUGAGCCCGAACAAAUAAAUCCCAUGAUAGGUACUUAUUUUUUUCAACAAUGGGAACAAGCAUUAAAAAUCGAAUCAUUAUUUAUAUUUGUCACUGGUACAAUAUUUUUUGUUGAUGAAUUUAUUCAAGAAUAUUCACGUGAUAUCGAACCAAUGCUAGAUGAUUUAUGUGACAUUCCAUCUCGUAAUCAUCCACAAUAUGGCAAUCAAGGUGGACAACUUAUUGAUUAUAGUCAACGAAAUGAUUUAGAAAGAAUGCAAAUUGCAGAAAAUAAAUUAAAUUGGUUAUUUCUUAAUAUUGCUAGUAAUUAUACAACAGGUUGGAUUGGUUUUGAUUAUUUAGUUGAUUUAGGUGAAAAUCAACUAAAGAAAAAUCUAAAUAAUACAAGUCAUUGGCAAUAUCAAGAAACGAUAACGAUUAUAAAUAGUGGAUAUAAUGAAUUACAUUUUGCUCUUUCCUAUCAAUCAUUGCAUAUUAAUAAGACAAGAAUCAAUUUGCAAUUUAAAUGGUUAUCAGCAAAUUGUUUAUAUACAUUUGAUUCGCUCAAUUUCAUUGAUAAAGGUGAUUCAGCACCGAAUGGAAAGUUUACAUAUACAUAUAUGAUUUAG